UUCUUUGUGGUAUAAAUAAGUGUCCAAAUGACAUUCUCUUUCAACAAUUUCUUCCUCCAAUUCUUCUCCUUCUAAUACCGUCUGACACAGAAAGGCCAGUUUUAAUUACAAUGGCAAAAACCAUGGUGCAUUGUUUUGUAUGGUUGAUAGUGGCUGCAGCUUUGAUUGUGAGGCCCUCCAAGGCAUUUGACUGCAUUGGUGCCUUGCAAGAGCUGAUUCCAUGCCUAAGUUACUUGCAAGCUGCUGAUCCCGCACCCAGCAUUGAAUGUUGUUCUGGUGCUCAAGAUGUGGCCAAUUCGGCUAAUUUGUCUAAAGACGAGUUGCAAUCCGCUUGCCGAUGCUUGAAAUCUGCUGCGCAAACUUAUCCCAACAUAAAUUAUGACAACGCUAAGCAACUCCCCGCCCUCUGCAACGUCAACCUCAAUGUUACCAUUGAUCCUAACAUUGACUGCACCAAGCUCUAAAUGACAACGGAGAUGGAGAUUAUCAGCGUGCUGCAGUGUCGCCUUAUAGUACAAAUUUUGUUAAUUUGAAUACAUCUCUCGUGUAUCAUUUUCGGAAUUUCAGAUUCCAAUACCUAAAGACAGAGACAAGGGGCAUUGAACUGUCUCCUUGUAUCCUCCGUUCUUGCAUGCUACUUGUCUUUAUUGUAUCGUGCUGCAGUGUCUUUAAUUCACGUUUGGGAAUGGACCUUCAUCUAUGGAUUGAUAUUUCGGUCGCGUUCA